GAAGAAGCGAAAAAAAGAUAGCAAAGUGGAAUCUCCUGAGCAGCUUACUUGUAGCGGCACAGACGAACUGUCAACGACGGCAGAAAGGCACAUUGAUGGAACAAAUCAUGGCACCAGUGCACAGGAGGUACGACAACAUGCUAAAAAUGUCAAUGUCGUGGAACCGAAACUAGAUGAAUAUAUGUCGACAACGAAGGCAACUCCUGUAGUUCAUGGAAAGCAAGACGGUCCAGCAUCAGACGAACAGAGCAACGCAGCUGUGGUACAAGGAGAAGGACAGAAGAGUGAGCUCGCGCCGGCGACUGCAGCUAGUUGGACCAGCGAUGACAACGCCGUCACACCGGCAAUAGCUCAAGG